AUGUUAAACGAUCUCGGUAUUUCUAAAUUCCUUAUUGUCGCUUUGGCUUUUGUGGCUUGCGCCUAUGCUGAUGUUUCUGAGUUGGGUUACAACUAUCAACAACCAGCUCCCGCUCCAGUACAACCUGAAAAGACUUAUAUUCCUCCAGCACCAGUAGUACCUGAACCAGCUCCAGUUGCACCUGUUAACACAUAUAUUCCACCAGCACCUGUUGCCCCUGAACCAGCCCCAGUUGCUCCCGUUGUCGAACCUGUCAAGACUUAUAUUCCUCCCGCUCCCGUUGCCCCUGUUGAAGAAAUUGAGCAAACUCCCGUUGAUGGUUAUCGUUACAAGACUAAAUUCCUUAUUGUCGCUUUGGCUUUUGUGGCUUGUGCCUAUGCUGAUGUUUCUGAAUUGGGUUACAACUAUCAACAACCCGCCCCUGCUCCAGUGCAACCUGAAAAGACUUAUAUUCCUCCUGCCCCAGUAGUACCUGAACCAGCUCCAGUUGCCCCUGUUAACAGUUAUAUUCCACCAGCACCUGUUGUCCCUGAACCAGUUCCAGUUGCUCCCGUUGUGCAGCCUACAAAUACUUACAUCCCCCCUGCACCCGUUGCCCCUGUUGAAGAAAUUGAACAAACUCCCGUUGAUGGUUAUCGUUACAAGACUGUUCGUCGUGUUGUCUACAGACAUCGUGCUUAAGCGUCUGAU